AUGGCAGAUGAGGUGCAGUACGCAUCGGGAGGUGGUGAAUCUAACAAGCGCAAGUACGAGGACAACCAGACGCCGCCGCCGCCCGUGCCGCGGAGGCCGACCGGGUUCUCGUCGACGCCGGAGGUCGCCGUACCGCUUCCGUCGUACAACACCGUGCCGCCUCCGAUGAAUGAAAUUGAGCUGGCCAAGCAGAAGGCCCAGGAGAUUGCAGCCAGGCUCCUCAACAACGCGGAUGCCACCAAGAGGGCUAGAGUCGAGAAUGGAUCUGGUAUCGGAGGCUAUGAUUCCAAUGAUGGGGGCACAGGCUUCUCAUCUUCUCCUUUCCCGCCCUCUGGUGCGAUUUCUCCAGCUUUCUCUAUAUCUUUUCCUCUUAAGUGUGUUGUGUUAUUUCUAGCUCUUUCAUUCUGUUUAUACCCAUAA